AUUUACACAAAGGAGGGAUGCAAUACAACAAACAUAUUGGGUGCCAUUGUCAAACAAAACCAAUCAAAGUGAUUGCUUGUUCCUCCUCUAAAUUGCAUUUUCUAUUUCCAUUUCUCUUCCCCCCUGCAAAAUUCACUUUUCCUCUCUCUCCAGGAAAGAUAAAAAUUGAUAGUUUCUCUCUCUGGAAAAAACAAAACCCUCCAUUGAGCACUUGGCUUUCUCUAUGACAAGGAACUCAGAUUCGCAAUUACUUGGCAUCAACAACAACUACAACUUUGGUGGUUUCUCCCUGAUUCAAGAUUGGGUUCUUCUUUUUCAUUUCAAUUUCAAUAUAAAGGAUACAUUUUUACAUCUCUAAAAAUCACCAUUUCUCUCUUGAUUCUCUCUGGGUUUUUCAUUUUCCAAUCUGGGUUUCUCUUAGAUUCAACAAUUAUCAAAACCCAUUUCUUUUGGAUUCAUAAAAAUCCCAUUUUUCUUCUUUUUGUGUAUCAUGUUAUUCUUCUCACUCUAGAGUACUGUACUUCACAAGCAAAAGAAACCCUUUCUUUUCUUUCUUUCAAAUCUGUGUGAUUUUAAUGGCAACUUCAUCAAUGGCUGCUUCACCUCUAUGUACGUGGUUAGUUGCAGCUUGCAUGUCUGUUUCUCACGAAGAAAAUUCAUCAAAAAUGUUACAAUCUCAUAAAAGACUAAGUAAAGGAGCUGCAAGAAGGAAAAGGGUUGUUAUGUCAAAAUGUAAUGGUGGUGAUAAUAAGGGUUUGAUGAGUGGAUCAUCAAGUUUUCAUGGAUUGAUGAGUUCUUGUUUUGAACCUUGUGAGGAGUUUAAUGGAUUCUUCUUUGGUGGUGCUUCUAGUAGAAAUCUCAGUGGUGGAAGUAGACAAAGAAGGAGUAAUCAAGCUGCUUAUGCUGUUGAUUCCGUAUCUAAAACCAUGUCUGUAGCUGUGCAGCCUACGAAAGAAACAACAAAAAAGAAAUCUGUUACAAAGCAACGGCGAGUUGUUGUUACAGGGACCGGUGUGGUUUCGUCAGUUGGUCAUGAUUCGGAUGUGUUUUAUAAUAACCUGCUUGAGGGUGUCAGUGGAAUAAGUGAAAUCGAGGCUUUUGAUUGUGCUCAGUUCCCAACGAGGAUUGCAGGAGAAAUCAAGGAUUUCUCGACAGAGGGAUGGGUAGCACCAAAACUCUCAAAGAGAGCGGACAAGUUCAUGCUUUACAUGCUUACUGCUGGUAAAAAAGCCUUGGCAGAUGCUGGGAUGACAGAAGAUGUCAUGAAUGAGUUAGAUCGAGCUAAAUGUGGUGUAUUGAUUGGAUCUGCAAUGGGUGGCAUGAAGGUUUUCCAUGACGCAAUUGAAGCUCUAAGGGUGUCGUAUAAGAAAAUGAACCCAUUUUGUGUACCUUUUGCCACCACCAAUAUGGGUUCUGCCAUGCUUGCAAUGGACCUGGGAUGGAUGGGUCCAAACUAUUCAAUCUCUACUGCUUGUGCCACUAGCAACUUCUGUAUAUUGAAUGCAGCCAACCAUAUCAUCAGAGGCGAAGCCGAUGUGAUGCUUUGUGGGGGUUCAGAUGCUGCAAUCAUUCCAAUAGGCUUGGGAGGUUUCGUAGCAUGCCGUGCACUUUCUCAGAGAAAUGGUGAUCCAACAAAAGCUUCACGCCCUUGGGAUGUUAAUCGUGAUGGUUUCGUUAUGGGUGAAGGUGCUGGGGUUCUUGUUCUAGAAGAACUUGAACAUGCUCAGAAAAGAGGAGCAACUAUAUAUGCUGAAUUUCUAGGUGGAAGCUUCACUUCCGAUGCUUAUCACAUGACUGAGCCUCAUCCAGAUGGGACUGGAGUUAUACUUUGCAUAGAGAGGGCCUUAGCUUCAGCUGGGGUAUCAAAGGAAGAUGUUAAUUAUGUGAAUGCACAUGCUACAUCAACACCAGCAGGAGACUUGAAAGAAUACCAAGCUCUUAUUCAUUGUUUUGGUCAGAAUCCUGAGCUAAGAGUAAACUCUACGAAAUCUAUGAUUGGUCACCUUCUAGGAGCAGCUGGUGCUGUGGAAGCUGUUGCAACAGUACAGGCGAUAAAGACGGGUUGGGUACAUCCGAAUAUCAAUCUAGAAGAACCUGAGAAAGGCGUGGACACAUCUCUGUUAGUGGGUCCAAAGAAGGAACGUCUAGACAUAAAGGUCGGUUUAUCGAACUCGUUCGGUUUUGGUGGACACAACUCAUGUAUUCUGUUUGCUCCAUUCAAGUGAUAAACACUUUCACGAAUCCAAGCUAGACUGAAGAGUUUAUAUUAGUCUGUUGUAUUUCCAUGUGAACGUUCCAAGCUUUUACUCUCGCCCUUUUCUCUUGUUUGAUAGAUUUUGUGAACUUCUUUCUGGUUAGAUUCACUUUUAGUUUGAAAUGGGCAACAGAAUUUUGUAUAAAACACUUUUUAGCUCUGAGAAUAUUUUGUGUACAACGAUUGAUCCUUUUUAGGUGUUUUUCCUUGCUC